UUCAUCACGAUCGCGAGAUGUUUAACAAGCUGCAUUUACUUUCGCUCACACUGCUGGUGGCAAUCACUCAGGUUCGCGGGCAGUGUAUGAUCACCCGACGGAACAUCGAGCAAGCGAAUGGAGUCUACACCUUUACCGAUAGGUCCAACAACAUCCAGCUGUUGAGGACGGCAACUGUUGCCUCAGGUGCUAUAAUAACAUUGCGUUGUCAACAAAAUGAAGUAUAUCAGACAACGUGCCAGAGGAACAGACAGUUUUCUCCGGCACUGCCGAUAAAUUGCCGCAAUCCACUGAGUGCGCCUGGUAUUAGGCCUGUGGCACAUAACGAUCGCGCCUGCCCGACAUUAAUGUUUGUCGUUGGCCAUACCUUUAAUAAUCGCAUGUUGGAGCUGUAUCGUACCUGCUACAAUCCGCAGACUGUGCGUGCCUAUUUCUCGGAUGUGACACUCCAUCCGAAGACAAUCUUUCCAACUCGACCAAAUGUGCGGUUCACAACUGAUCAACUUAUUACGCCCGCACAGGAAGCCUCAUAUUUGACAAGAAAUAUUUUCAACACCUUCCGUAGGAUUUAUGGUCAAAAUCAACAGUACAUAAGAAAUAAUAGGGAUUUGGUUAUCAAUCGUGGUCAUCUAACCGCUUCGUCCGACUUUCUUUUUGGCGACCAAGCCGCUGGCACCUUCAAGUAUUUGAAUGUGGUGCCCCAGUUCCAAUCGAUCAAUGAUGGCAACUGGAGACUCAUUGAGGAGUGGGUCCGCACUCAAAUUCCCUCCAACUCUGUACUGAACGUUCGCACAGGCGCUCUGGGUGUAUUGAGCCUGGCCGACUCCAGUCCAAGACGCACCCUGAGUCAGGCCUAUCUCGCAGGCCGUAACCAGAAUCCUGUACCAACCUGGAUGUACAAAAUUGUGCGAGACGCAACUAAUCGGCCAUUGUACGCUUUCAUAACGUACAACAAUGUUUUCGUCCGAGCACGUCCAGGUGCUCCGGCAAACUGCCGAAACCCGAUCACGUGUCCGCUGAAUCUAGCUAGUACCGCUGCUAUGGGCUUCACCUAUUGCUGUGAUCCGGCAACCUUUACUAUCUAAACUGAACAGAUUACGCUUGGCAGCUGAUCACUGAUAAGCAUUCCAUGGAAAGUGAUGUGACCAAAAAUGAAUUAAUAUUGUCAUAAUAAAUGUAUUUUAAAAAUA